AUGGAUCAGGCAAUAGAGGAAGCGAGCGCUCUUCAUGAUUGUUUGGAAGUCGCUAACAAACUUCUACCGCCAUCAGAAGUUAUUUCGCGUUUUACUCCUUGUGUUCAUGAUGUUUUUUCCGUGGCUGGCUCCUCUUCUCAUUCUUCCUUAGUACAACAGUUAGUUUCCUCACAAGAUUCUAAUUCGCCUUAUCGUUCGAUAGUAGACGCUCCGGUGAGUGGACGCACUCAGUUGGAAGGUAUUGAGGACAGUCCACCAGGUCCCAAUACAUCUACUUCGCUCGAUCCCCCAAAAUCUGCAAGUACUGCUGGAGCUCCGCAGCAAUUGCAGCCUGUGAAUAAUACCCCUUCAACCAAUCCCCACGCUCUUACUAUCCUCCCUCUAGUACAAUCCCAACAACAAUCGGCCCCGGAAAACAACUUUUAA